UUUUGUUCCUCGUAUUCUCCCGGAUUUGUGUCUUUUAAGUUUGAUUGUCUUGUUUAGACGAAAGCACUGACACCGCCCUUCUCAUAUGUCCACAAUGGCCGAGCCAGGGAAAAGAUCCAUCGUCAUCGUUGGAGGUGGGAUCAUUGGCAGCACGACUGCAUACUUCCUAACCCGCCACCCCAAGUAUAACCCAGCAAUUCAUUCGAUUCACCUGAUUGAAGCCACGGGCAUCGCCAGUGGCGCCUCGGGAAAGGCCGGUGGCCUGAUAGCUCUGUGGGCAUACCCAUCGUGUCUGGUGCCGCUGAGUUUUAAGCUCCAUGCCGAACUUGCCAAGGAGCACGACGGAGCACAGCGUUGGGGUUAUCGACACGUAAAUGUUGGUCAGAUCGACUUGGUGGGUAGACAUGUGAGCAACCAACCCAAAAUAACAGCCAAUGGCGGGGAGAAAGGCGAGGACAUCAGAGGGUUGCAUCGCCCCGACGUCUCGAGUGAUGGCAAUGUGAGUCUCCAGAAAAGAAGCAAAGAGUCCUACGCGAAGCUACGCAAAGCGGGUGUCCCGGAUGACCUCGACUGGGUCGCCGAUGAAUGCGUCCGGGGCUAUGAGAGCAUGAGCGCUCCAGGAGAGAGCGCGCAGGUCCAUCCAUACCAGUUCACGACGUCAAUGGCGGAGCUGGCGGCAGAAAAGGGCGUCAAGAUUAUUAUUGGCACGGUCGACAAGAUUGAAUCUUCCUCGUCGGGUGAACAUACAGUCAAGUAUAUGGAUAAAAGCACAAACUCGCAACAAUCCAUCUCCGCCACUGAUGUUAUCGUGACGGCCGGACCAUGGACCAAAACCGUUUUGCCCGGGACACCGAUUGGCGCGCUGCGAGCUCACAGUGUGACGGUCCGCCCGACUCGACCGGUUUCCGCGUACUGUCUGUUCACACAGAUCGCACUUCCGAAAAACUUCAAAGAAGGUACCACGUCCCGGGCGAUGAACGUCAGUCCGGAGAUAUACGCUCGUCCCAACAACGAGUUGUACGCUUGCGGCGAAGGAGACCAUCUUGUGCCGCUGCCAAAAUCUACUGCCGAGGUCCAGGUCGAUGACUCAAGAUGUCAGGACAUUGUGGACUAUUGUGCAAGCAUUUCCGAUGAAAUGCGGGACGGGGAAGUGCUCGUCCGCCAGGCUUGUUACUUGCCACAAGUAGAGACUGGCGCUGGGCCUCUGGUAGGCCUCACCAACACCAAAGGAAUCUAUUUGGCAGCCGGACACACGUGUUGGGGGAUCCAGAACGGGCCAGGCACAGGCAAAUUGAUGAGUGAAUUCGUUUUUGACGGCAAAGCGCUCAGUGCAAACGUUAGCAGUCUCGAUCCAAGGAGAGUUUUGAGAUAGACUAGGUUGGCCGCAGAUUCAUAUAACAAUGACGGAAUGAUCCGAACGCGAAAUUGUCUGAAAAGACAAGAGAAAUCCAAUACAUAGACUUGAACUUUCGAUGCAAAAGUAGUAAUUUCGGAUUUCCCGCUUCUGCAAUCGUGGUCAACGCCGGCAUAUUUCUCGAUUCCUGU